UAUGCGGUGAAUACCCAAAUUUUAAGGACCAUUUUUACAAGCAUUUGCACAGAAUUGGUUUUGUUUGCCACAAACAUUUUAAGAUGGAGGAUUUUAAAGAGGGUACGCAUCGAUUAAAACCUACAGCGGUACCAUCUGUAAACCUGACAACAAGUACAGAAAACGGAGGUGCGUCAACGUGUGGUAAGAGGAUAUCUCCCAUUGCAACGGAACCUGCCACUCCCACGAAGGUGACCAUCACCCCAGCAUUUGUGACUCCCCCAAAGGAAGCUUGUGUGGGAGCAGACAACACUUCAAUCAAAUUAUUGCAAAUCAGAAAUCAGACUUAUAUCAUGGGUCACUGGUUUAAUGACUUCACAUUUAUUAGUUUUUAUGAAGCUCACAGUUAUGUGUUCAUCUGCUUCUUCAUCUAA